AGCCCCCCACGGAGGAUGACGUUUACUGCCGCUGCCUGUCGCGCACGCUGUGCCACACGGCCACGCCUGUCACCGUCGGCUUCUACGCGCCCUGCGGCCACCGCCUGGAGACGCUGCUGGCCAAGGUCACCGCCUUCAUGCGGGAGGAGAUGGCGCGCCGCGAAGCCGCCGAGCUGCAGCGGGGCCGCCGGAAGCCGCGCAGCCCCCACGGCUGGGGCCUGCUGCUGGCCCUGUGGCUCCUGGCCUUCUACGAGCCCGUGGUCACCGAGGGCCACCUGCGCCGCAAGAACCUGGAGUUCAUCUUCAUCCGCUUCAGCGCCUGGGAAUUCGCCGGCUGCGACAAGCUGUGGGCGGGGCUGGUGACCACGCUGUGCCACCGCGUGCGCCAGCACUUCGGGGCGCUGCCGCUCAGCGUCUUCCACGUGCUGGGCUCGCGGCCGCGCUUCGCCUCCGGCCCGUCCAGCCGGGAGUGGGUCCUGAAGAGGGGAACCUGCCUGCGGCUGUGGGGGCUGCUGCUGGUGCUGGCCGUGGGCAUCGCCAUCCUGCUGGUGGCUCUGCUGGUGCCGGGGAUCAAGGACCACCACGCGCUGAAGGUGGUGGGCAGCGCCGCCGCGUCGCUGUCGGGCUCCUCGCUGGUGCUGGGGGCUUUGUCCAUCCUCAAGAACUUCCUGGUGAGCGAGAAGAAGAAAAUCGAGCGCCUGACCGACAGCGACCGCUUCGCCGGCCAGCUGGGCUUCAUGAGCAAGGUCCGCGGGGAGGUCGAGGUCCUGGUGGAUUUCUUGGCUUUCAUGGAAGUCUUCGAGCGCCGGCGGCUGCGCGUGGUGAUGGAGAUCACCGGGUUGGAUCUCUGCUACCCGGAGAAGGUGGCCGGGGUGUUCAACGCCAUGGCCACGCUGCUGUCGGACGCCAACGCUCCCUUCAUCUUCCUGCUGGCCGUGGAUCCCGGCGUCAUCGUGCCGUGCCUGGAGCAGACGGGCUGCAUGAAGGGGCUGGCGGACAACGGUUACCUGUACCUGAACCGCGCCGUCACGCUGCCCUUCUCCAUCCCCGGCACCGGCUGCCGCUCCCGCCUGCGCAGCGUCCAGGCCGCCAUCCGCACGCGGGAGGAUCUCAUGGCUCGCAUCAUCGCCGGCAACGCCGCCGCCAAAACCGCGCCGGCGCGGAUCCCCGGCGUUCCGGGUUGGAAAGAGGCGGAUUCCGAGGCGGCCGUGUGGAUCCGCGAGGCGUUCCGGUGUCUCCGCGACGCCUCGGACGUUUUGUCGCGGUAUCUGCCGGAGAACGGCGCCAACGUCCGCCGGAUCGUCAACACCAUCCCCAUCACGCUGCGGCUGCUGCUGCACCGCUCCGGCGCCGCCGGGACGCUGUCGCCGCGCGCCGCCGCCGCCUGGGUGGUGCUGGCCGACCGCUGGCCCUGCCGCCUCAGCUGGACCCUGCAGUGCCUGGAGGAUUCCGGCCAGGGCGCGGCCACGCCGGAUCCGGCGGGAAGAUCCCUGUGGAGCGUUUUCCAGGAUCACGUGGGCGAGCUGAGCGCGCUGCGGCAGCCGCUGGGGAAGGUGCUGAGCUUGGACGGGGAUCCGGAGCUUUUCCAGGCGUUCCUGGCGCGGGAUUUUCCCUUCGGCGCGGCCGAGGCGCGGGAGCUGCUGGGGGUGACGGUGAACCUGGACCAUUCCAUCCGGCACCAGAUGGGGCUGCUCCGGGCGCUGCAGAGGCUCGGGAGGACGGCGCCGGUGUCGCGGGGGGUGCAGUGCCCCUGCGGACGGUGAUCGACCCCGGAUCGUCCUCGGGAUCGUCAUCGGGAUCGUCCUCGGGAUCGUCAUCGGGAUUGUCAUUGGGAU